ACUUUCUCGAAGUUUGUCGACUAUGAGCGGGGACACAAAAACUGUGGAGAAUCAACAGCAGGUGGAAGAUGAAUACCUGAAGGGAUUUACAGAUCUGAGCCCUUCAGGCGAUCGCGGUAUCCUAAAGAAAGUUCUGCGAGAGGGGACAAGUGAAGUGAAACCAUGUGAUGGGGAUACUGUCGUGGUGCAUUAUGUUGGCACAUACUAUGGUGGUGAUGAAAACGGCAAAGUUUUCGAUUCAAGUAGAGCACGAAAUGAAAAAUUUGAGUUCUCUAUUGGAAAGGGUGACGUUAUUAAGGCUUGGGAUAUCGGCGUUGCCACUAUGAAGUUAGGUGAGGUUUGUGAGCUGAUUGCUGCUCCCGAGUAUGCAUAUCACGAUGGGAAAACACUCAAGUUCGAGGUGGAGAUUUUCGACACCUUAGGCUGCGAUGUUAGUAGGAGAAAAGAUGGUAGCAUUAGGAAAUCGAUUCUUAGAAAGGGAAGAGAUAUUCACAAUCCUGUCGCUGGAGCCGAGGCUACUAUUCUUUUCCGUAAUUUGACUGAGUCUACAGGAGAUGUCGAAGUGACGUAUUGUGUUGGAAACCCCACGCCACAAGUACCGUUAGAGUUGGACCUCGCACUGCGCCACAUGAAUACAGAUGAAUACAGUCGAGUUGUAGUCCUCACAGAGAAAGAUUCAGCAUCUGACGGAGGUACAGACCAAAGUCGUGUAAUUUAUGAACUGACACUGAAAUCGUUUGAAAAGACAAAACAUCUGUCUAGUAUUUCUUCUUUCAAAGAACAGAUGGAAUAUGCUAACACCUUGAAGGAAAAGGCCAACGUCUUCUUGAAGGAUUCUAAAUUUGACCCAGCUCUUGAAUUGUACAAACGCCUAGAUGAUGAUUUGCAGUACAUCAUUGCAAAUGGCCCUAAAGAACAGACGGAGUUGUCUGAAAUGAUUGUGGCCGUUCGGCUUAACUCAGCUCUAGCUUACUUGAAGCUUGAUGAACCUGAUAAGUGCAUCGAAUUUUGCAAGAAGGUACUAGAUAUGUUUGCUAGCAAUGAGAAGGCAUUAUUCAGAAUGGGACAGGCCCAUUUGUUGCGUAGAGACCACGAAGAAGCGGCUGUGUACUUCAGAAGAAUUGUGGCAAAGAAUCCUAGUAACACAUUGGCUGUAAAGCAACUACAAGUCUGCGAAGAGGCAGUUAAGAAAGCUAGAGAUACAGAACGGAAAAUGUUCCGCGGUAUAUUUGAGCGCUGUAAAGAGACUGGUUUGGGUGAUGUCGAAGAAAAAGAAAAUGGGGGUAUUUCUACAGAUGAGAAGUCCGCACUUUGAUGAAAUCUUCAGUAAAUUGUCUGCAGUCGGAAGCGUUUGGUUAUGUAAAUAUUGUUCGUAUUUGCUUUCUGUGUAAUUUCAGAGUUGUAAAUGAAUUAAGAAAUUAGUACU